GCUUCCAAUCGGAUGUUCAAAGCUGUUUUUUUGUCUUAUUUUCUUAUCGGUUCUGAACUGACACAAAGAUUCGCUCGCUGGAUUUUCAAGCAUCCUCGUGGUGGCCCGAGGAGCGUACUAUGACCCCUCGCGAGCAGCUGAGGAAGAUGACGGCGCUGGGAGAGCAGGGAGCUAUGGAUGAGAAGCACUGGUACCGGCUGGUCAACGGCAUGUCGGCAAACGAGUUAAGGCAGAGGCAGGAGAUGAUGCUGAGGAACCAAAUGGCCAUGGCGCCACAGAUCCUCACUCAGGGUCAGCAGAGGUUACAGGGUGUCCCGACACCAUUUGAACCUCGUUUUAUGGAAAGGGAAUUAGUACCGCCAGUCGAGAUGGUACCACCGGAUGGAAGACAGAUGCACAUGGGAUCUCACCUGGGCCCCCCGCUGGCGCCACCUGCUGGCGUCCUACCGGGGCGAACCUUUCCAGGACCAGCUGGCUAUGGCUUCCUGCCCUCGGAGCCCAUGGAAACAGCUGCCCGACGACAGGAGCUCAUUCACAAGCAGAACAUGGCCAGAAUGGAGAUGAACGCCAUUUUGCAUCAGAAAGAGCUGGAGAACGCCCACCAAAAGGGUCUGAUGGGCAUAGAAAACCCCAUGUCGUACCCCUCCAACCCCAUGGCCUUCAGAAACCGCCAGCGCAUGCCCGAUGGCCACGACGUCUUUGUCCACCGGCCCACGCUGGACGACCUCCACUCAAACGGCAUCCUUAUGACAGCCAGCCCCUAUCCCCCGAUGGGCACGCUGCACAGAGAGCGGGGCCGCCGGGUGGGCAGGCGGCCCACCGCGCACAAGAGCGUCGACCACCCCGGCGGUCACGUCAAAGGCCCGGCUGAAGACAAAAGCGUGGAGCGGAGUCCCGGGGGUGCAUCUGGCGGGGAGGAGAAGGAAGUGGACCUGAAGGGGGAAGUGGGAGAGGAGUGUUCUGUCAGCAAGGCGCACCACCCAGCCAAAGUGGACUCUGAAGCGGCUGCAGGAGGCAGGAAGAUCUACAAGGAGGGCGAGGUGGGCCUGCGUAAGGGCGGCGCUCCGGACCAGCGCGUGGAUGCCAGCAACAAUGGAGCCAAUGACAAGGACGCGCCCAGCCAGUGUGCCGCCUUCCAAGACAAGUUCAUGUAUCCACCCCAAGGGGGGAUGCCUUACAUGUUCCCUGUUGCCGGGAAUGGCUUCCUACCUGCCGGUCCGCCCAAUGUCUUCCUAAACGGUGAUGAGGUAUCUGAAGACAUUCGGAAGUGGAGCGUCAAUGACGUUUACAACUUUAUCACCACCAUUCCUACAUGUUCAGAGUACGCUCAGAUGUUUAAAGACCACAUGAUUGAUGGUGAGACACUGCCCCUGCUGUCAGAGGAGCAUUUGCUGGACACACUUGGACUUAAACUGGGGCCUGCUCUAAAGAUCCGCUCUCAGGUGUCGAGGCGCACGGGCAGCAUGCUGUACAUGAUGAACCUUCCGCUCCCCGCUGGCCCCUUGCAAGGCGCCCCAGACAACAAGCCUGGCGACCAUUCAUCAGAGAUGGGUUCACCUGGGAACUGUAACAGCGAAGAGAUGAUUGUCAUGGCGGCGAGCCCCCGGGAAGCCAUCGACGUCCUGAAACCCGCCGAGCACCUCUGCGAGCCGGACAACACUUCCCCUCGAGCUAAAGAGUUAACCGCAGAGCCCAUUUGAACUCUCUGGUUAGCCAAAACAGCAGCACAAGUUCAUUGAUGUAUUUAUUUAUGUAGCGUCAUUGGAAUUUGAUACACCCUUUUGAACUGUUUAAACGGAUUGUAAAUAAAGGUUUGUUUUACAUUG